AUGGUGGUACAACAGCAGCAGCAGCAGCAGCAGCAGCAACGGGAGCAGGCAGCUGGAAAGAGAUCGAAGUUUGCGAAGUUGGAAGAAGAAGCAAUCGAGGAAGACGGAACGGGGGAACGGGAAGAGCUUAUAAGAGAAAGAUUGCAAUUGAUUGAUUGA